AUGGCAAACAACAAAAGAAAUAUCUAUGAUUCAUCACCGAAUGUCGAUAUGGAAAUUGAUGAUGAUAGCUUAUCUGACACUAGUCAACAAUCAGAAGUUAAUCAACAAGCAAAACGUCGACGUACCGGGAGUAAAAGCGGAGUUAGUGGAAGAAGUUUCUGUUGGAAUCACUUUAAACCAUAUCCUGAAAAAAUGGGGAUCGAAGUAAAAUGUCAGGUUCCCAGGUGUACGACAAAAUACACCUGGCGUGGAUCAACUUCCAAUCUUGUGGGUCAUCUUAAAAAAAUACAUAAAAUUGUAGAACCGCCGAAACCUGUUAAAAAACCUAACACCAAUUCUACAUUUGAAAUUAAUCUACCGUUGGUUAAAUUCAUUAUCACCUCCAAUCAAUCGUUCGAUGUUGUGAAUCAUAUGGCGUCUACCGGAUUUUUCAAUAAACCAUAUCAGAUACCAAAAACAAUACAUGAAAUAGAAGAACAAAUUAACAAAACGUAUGAUAAAUUAUUCUCAAAAUUAAAACAAAUGAUUCAAAGUGCGGAAUCUGUUGCGUUAGCGAUUCAUGUUUGGAAUAUUGAUGAUAAAGAAAGUUUUGAAAAAAAUUUUAUGGAAAUUACAUGCCAUUGGUUAACAACCGAUUUUAAAUUCCAUAGAAUUCUCUUGUGUAUGACGGAAUUUGAUAGUAUUGAUGGCACUAUGACUGAUAAAUAUAUUGAACAAAUUCAGAAAAAGUGGGAGUUGACAAAUUAUGAAUUUCUUACUACAGACUUUUAUGCAGAAGAUGAAUUAUCUAUAUUGUCAGAAUUUAGCAAUCAUAAAUAUAUCCGUAAUGCUUCCUACUUCCUAGAGUCAUUAUUACCGACUUGUUUGGAACAAUGUUUAAAUGUUGAAAAUCAGGGUAUUCUGGAAAAAGUUGAAGAAAUUAAAAGCAAAAUUGAAGAAAUUCAAGAUGUAAUCAAAAUUUUAAAGGAGGAAGAGGCACAGGAAAAGUUAUCGACAUUGACUAAUUUUGAUAUUGGCAAGAUUAUUGAAGGAAAGUGGGGUUCUACUUACUUUGGAUUAAAAUAUAUUGUGUCAAUGGAACAACAAAUUAAUAGUUUAGUUAGCUCUUGGUGCAGCGAUAGAGAUGAUAAUGUCAAAAGCAAAGGAGAUGAGCUUAGAGCAUUGCUGCCAGAUUCUUCACAAUUUAAGAUAUUAUCUAAAUUAUCACAAAUAUUUGAACCUUUGGAAUCAGUAGAGGGGAUUAUGAACGAUUGCGAUUAUUUGACAAUUAAUGUUAUGCAUUCUAUUCUUGCAAAAUUAGUUAAUGGAAUCAAAUAUAGAGCCAAUAAUAUAAAGAAUGACCCCGCAUCUUCUACUGGAAAUAAUUUAGAAAUAAAUACAAUUCAAGCAAUUGCAGAUUCGAUUUACAAUUUUUUAAAUACUCCUAAUUACUUUGAGAUAUUCUUCUAUGCCAAUACUGCAGAUGUCGGAAAUGUGGCCUCCUUAUUAGAUCCACGUUUCAAAUUGACUUAUUCUUCAGAAAAAGCAAAAGAAUUCGUGCAAAAAGGAUGUGAAGAUUUUUAUUCAGGCCAAUCAAGAAAUGCUGAAAAUCCAAUAAGCAGCGAAAAAUUACCAGAACGCCAGACUACAUUGGUAUCUGAUUUUUUUUCAGACCACAGAUCCGCAGACUCAACUUCUAACUCAAACAGUAUGCUUGAUGAUGAUGAUGAAGCGAAUCCGCAAGAGAAUUCACGAGAAAAGGCAAGCAGAGAGCUUAAAAGUUAUCUUGACCUACCACAACAACAGAGUAACAUAGACCUAUAUAAAUGGUGGCAAAAAUACCAAGGCUUAUAUCCUGGAUUGGCUGUUCUUGCAAGAAAAUACUUAGCAGUACCUGCAACUUCAUAUUCCUCCCGAUUAUCAAAAAAUGAACAUAAGGAAAGCCUUAAAAUUCUUUUGAAUACUUAUAAGGAUCCUGAUAUGAUAAGUAAAAUUGUUUUUUUACAGCAUAAUAAGAAUUAUCUUGAUGAAUUAUUUUAA